CGGCAGCUUGCGUUUGAAAUCUUCGCGCUUGUUGUUUUGGUUUUCCUUACAAUCAGGACGAACAGAAAGUUUGAAGUUAAAUUUGAUCUUACUACGGUUGUUAGAUCAUUCAUCUUGGAUACAUAUUGUAUCACAUGGUAAACAAACAUCGUGAAGCAGAGAUUUUAUUGUGAAGCUGUACAACGGGACAAUGUCAGAUGGAGAGGUAUGCAGCCACGUAAAAGUGGUGGUUCGUGUCCGUCCUUUAAAUGACAGAGAAAAGGAUGGAAAUUACAGAAACGUUGUCAGUGUUGUCGACAACCACAUGCUUAUCUUUGAUCCCAAAGAUGAGGAAGUGACAUUUUUCAGGGGGCAGAGGGUCGGCAACAGGGAUGUGCGAAAAAGAGCCAAUAAAGACCUCAAGUUUGUGUUUGACAGCGUGUUUAGGGAGGACUCGUCACAGGUGGAAGUUUUUGAGAACACCACUAAAGCAAUAGUGGAUGGUGUGCUAAAUGGCUACAACUGCACUGUGUUUGCCUAUGGAGCUACAGGAGCUGGAAAAACACACACAAUGUUGGGCACUAGUGAUUCCCCUGGAGUGAUGUAUCUCACUAUGAAAGAACUGUUCGCUCGAAUGGACCUCGCCAAGGAGGACAAAGUUUUUAAUAUAGCUUUUUCUUAUCUUGAGGUUUAUAAUGAGCAGAUUCGGGAUUUAAUAACUAACUCUGGUCCGUUAGCAGUGAGAGAGGAUGGUUCAAAUGGUGUAGUGGUUCAAGGACUCACUCUGCACCAGCCCAAAUCAGCAGAGCACAUCCUUGAAGCUCUUGAUUAUGGCAACAAAAACAGGACGCAGCACCCUACUGACAUGAACGCCACGUCUUCCCGCUCCCAUGCAGUAUUCCAGAUCUACUUGAGGCAGCAGGAUAAGACAGCCAGUCUUAAUCCAAAUGUUCGUGUGGCUAAGAUGAGCUUAAUCGACCUGGCUGGCUCAGAAAGGGCCAGUGCAACCAAUGCCAAGGGGGCUCGUCUCCGAGAGGGGGCCAACAUCAACCGCUCCCUCCUUGCUCUGGGGAAUGUUAUCAACACACUUGCCAACCCCAAAUGUAAGAAGACACACAUUCCUUACAGAGAUAGUAAGCUGACACGGCUCCUCAAAGACUCUCUGGGUGGGAACUGCCGAACUGUGAUGAUCGCUAACGUCAGCCCUUCCUCUUUCUCCUAUGAAGAUACACACAACACUCUCAAAUAUGCCAACCGUGCCAAAGAGAUCAAGUCCAAUCUGAAGAGUAAUGUGAUGAGCUUAGACAGUCACAUUGGCCAGUAUGCAGUCAUCUGUGAAAAGCAGAAAGCUGAGAUCAUCUUGCUGAAACAGAAACUCAAAGAGUAUGAGGAGCGGAAGGUGGAGGUUCCUGCCCAUAAUCCAGUCCCCAUCCAGAGGAGAGCUGAACUGGAGAAGAUGUCUGAGUCUCUGCGCAGUGUGUUUGCAGCGCUUCUGCAGUUCCGUAAAGAGCAGCUGAACAUUGAAAAGCAGCUGAAUGAAAGCAGAUUGACUAUGAGACACAGAGAGCUUUGGCACCAGCAGGGUCUGAUCUUCUUCCCCGACAACAAGGCAGAGAGGGCCACCUGUAAAUUCGAGCGUAAGCUGGCCUCCCUGAAGUCUCAUCAGGAGCACUUGCAGAAACGCUUGCUGGAGAGUGAAAAACGCUUCCAGGAGAAUGAGGGGUGGCUUCACCGCAUCGAAAACGAGAUGAAGCUGCUCGGACACGAAGGACACUCUCCAGAGGAGUUGAAAAGAGAACUACAGAGCCAUCAGCUGCAGCUACAGAUCGCUGACCUUCAGCAACAGGUUGAGCACACAGGCCACCUCAUCAGUGUGCAAGACCAGGAGAACGCUCACACGCACAAAUUGUUGAACGCCCUGCUGUCCACCUGCCGCCGACAGCACCUGGCAUUGAAGGCCGCGAGCAUCGGCACAGAUGACGCUGAGUGGGAGGAGCUGGAGCGUCUGGUGCACAGGGAGAGGGGUGUGGUCUGGGCAGACCAGGAGAAAGCAGAGGAGAGGGGUGAUGGUGGCUCAGGAAACACUCGUCUACAACCCAUCCUGUCUUUCUCACGCCUCAUUUGUCACCAGAGCACACCAUGCAGUGCGGAGAAACACUUACGGCGAACCUCACAACGCCUCAGACCCACAUACUCAUCUAAAGGCUGUGACCCUCAACAUCCAGAGGCAGAAGCUGAAUGUCCUCCUAAAAAACCAAUCAGGAGGAAGCUGUCUGUGUCGACUGCAAACCCAGAUGAGGAUGGACCAAUUUCUGUGCUGUCCCAUUACCCUCCUGCCCUUCGAGAGGUCUUAAGACAGGAGGGCAUGUUCCCACUACAGUACACCCCUGAGUGCCAGCCACACACCUCCAGCACCUGUGAUCCAAACGGCACUUUCGACAUUGGUCAUAGCGAGGACCCAACAGCCACUAAUGCCACAAUAAUCCUGUCACCUGAGCCCCCUGGGCACACAACGCUCCGGGCACUACGCGCUAACAAUGGGAAUGAGCCAUCUAAAAGGUUGGAGAUCCCAUCACUUUUAGACCUGCGAAGAGCCAAACCAUCCUACAUGUCCAUGACCUCCGCGGCUCAGGGCAAGCGCAAAUUCAACUGUUCCAACAGUGGGAAAGAGGACAGUUCUCAAGCAGGAGCCGCGGCACCCAAGCGCAUAAAGAGAGAUCCCUGCGAGGCAUCUAAACCAUUGCGAAUCAGGCGUUUUGGAGUAUCAUCAGAGAAUGAGCCAAGAAGAGUUGUACGGAGCGUGUCUGAGGGGAAUCUCCAACAACCUGACCAGCGCAAGCCUAAAUCGAGCUCAAUGGGGCCCGCUGCUCUCUUUAAAAAAGUCACCAAGAGGAUGUGAGGGAGCUUCACAUACUGUGAAAGCCACAGGUCUCUCAUACAUUGCCCCACACGCUUCUUUCUCAUUAGAGUUGCUGUAGAAAAGAACUAAACAUGAAAUGUAAUUUUAAAGAGUGAGGCAUAAGCAUUUGGGCUUAAUAUUUCCAGGACAUAUUAUUAAUUUUUUAUUUUUUUAUUUUUUUGUUAACCUCUAAAAGUGCAUAUCAGAUUUGUCCAUCUUAACAGGAUACACACAUUAAAGUAGUAUUUUUAAUUUUUUUUUUUUACUGAUGUUUAGAUCUUAUAAAGCAACUUGGUUUUAUUAUUGAGUGACUCUUUUUCUCCCUUUUUAAAUGUUUUAAUUAAAAUUUGCUCAAUUUAGAGAGCAACUUUCAGGUCAGUUGUGUUUCUAUUUUAUAAUGAAUUAAAAAAAAGAAAUGUCAACCUUUUUUUUAUCUGAGCUUUAAAUUAGAUGAUUUGCAUUCACUGUCCCCAUGCUGAAAAUAAAUGAUUUACUGUAAAAGUCAAAUUUAAUAUUUCAAAAAUUAAAAGGAGAAAAGUGGGAUGAAAGCAUGCAAUUUAACACAUAAUUUUGCUAUCCACCAGUACAGUAUCCACAUAUGUGUACUUUAUUGUGACUUUCAACAUUUAAACUUGCAUCACAAUAGAAAUGUAGAUGUUGGCCAGGCAACAUUUAAAAUAAAUGUUGAAAAAAAAAAAAAAAAAGGUUAAAGAUAAUAAAUUUGUUGUGGGGAAAAAUCAGCCUUGAGUAUUUCCAAGUAAAACUUUUUUUAAAGGGGGGGGGUUAUUUCAACAUUGAAAUAAUAUUGUGAUUUUAGUGUAGUAUAACCGUGAUUUAGACACCCACAGUGAUAUGGAUUAAUAUUAAAGAUUAGUACAUUACAGAAAUGUCUGUUGUAAAGGAUUGAAGUAACCAAACACUGGAUGCCCAACACAAAUCCCUUUCCAAAAAUCUCCAUUCUUUGAAAUUAUCUCUUAUCAUGAAGAUUGCAUUUAAUUUCCUGUGAACAUUUCUUUGAUAUGAGCUUUGUAAAUAAACAGUGCAGGAUUAAAAAAAAAAGUUAAUAAUUAUUUGAUAUUUCUAGAACAUUUAUUAAUACUUAUUUCAGUUCUUGAAUUUUUACUUUAUAACAUUUUAUUAUUGUAGCUAAAGAGCUUACCUUAUUAAUCCAGUCCAAUUAACCAGAUUUUCAUGCAACCUCAACUUUGACUGUCUCCAAAUGCAGCUUGUUUCUUGGUGAUUCAUAGGCUUUACAGUAGGUUCUGAACUAGUAUUAGGUCUAGACCUAGGGGAAAAGAGGAGUCUGGAAACUGGUGAAAGGUCUAGCAUGGUCCAUUUCCUGCAUGCUGCCUAAACUAUCUGAAACAAAAGAAAACUGAGCCUCUCAUUAGAAGGAUGGCCCAGUUAAUGCCAAGCUCUUAUUGACAAACUUUCUGACAAUGAAUAUAAUCAUUAGAAAUGGGCAGUAUAAAAUUAUGCAUUAGACUUGUUCAAUGGUACAUAGAGAGGAGAGCCUGGGUUUCUACCAGUAUUCUUAACUAUUUUAAGAAUCUUGUGUUUAGAUGGCACCCCACUAAUUGUCAGGCUAAAUAUCUUUUCAGCACUCUGCAGCACUUUUACAACACAUUUAUUUGCAGUUAAACUCAUCAAGAUGAUGCAAGCCAGCCUCAGGCUUAACUCAUUCUGUCACAACCUUGUUUUGAAUGUGAUUUGUUGUGCUUAUAACACUAAAACUGAACAGAGGUGUUCAAACUUCUUUACAUAUCAAUCAAGAAAAUGAAGUUCUGCGUAAGUAUGUUCCUGAUUAACCAGAACAACAUUUUCCUUUCCUUGACAUAUGUAUUAAUGCUCAAAUAGUUCCAUCCAUCGCAGCUCAGGUAAUGCAUAAACAUGUAUUAUUGCUGUUGGAUGGCUUUUAGAUCAAAUACGUUUUUUCCUCCAAUAUUAAUGUACAAACAAUGCAGCUGGAUUCUGAAUAAAUGUGCUGGUUUAGCUGUCUCGGUCCUUGUUAUAUGUAGUAUUGACAAGUGAUGUAAAUAGUAUUAUAAAUAUCUUAUGAAAAGAUUAAAGUUGCGAUUUUUAUUUCAAGUCUUAUGUAACUAUUUUUUUUAUUUGGUUUUGGAGACAGUGGUGUGUGCAAUGAAUAGCUUGCUGGUGCUGGCAUCAUGCCUAAGGAGUUAACUGUAAUUAAUUCUGUUAAUAAUGUUAUUAUCAGAUAAUUAUGUAACCGCCUACAGGCAGAUGAUCUACUGAACUCAUGGCAUCCAGAGCACCACAUCCCUAAAGCUCUUACACCUUGUUUUGAUGUGGAUGUCCACACUUAUGAGGAUGUCCAGUGUGCCAACAAUGGAAUAAUGUAUUUUUUGUGAUCAAAUGUGUCAGUGUUGGGUUUUGACAUAGAGACAUUCAAAUAUACUGUGUCAUUUUUGACUGACUUGCACAAAACGGGAGAAACAUUCUAUAUGAAUUUCUAUAAAGACUUUUUCUACUGGACAGAAAAUAUCAAUAUA